AUGGAUCCAGCCAAGGUCACAAUUGUUUUUGAGUGGGGACAACCUACCUCACCCAUUGAGAUUUGCAGCUUUCUAGGAUUGGCAGGAUAUUAUCGCAGAUUCAUCCGGGGGUUUUCGAAGAUAGCGGGAUCACUCACCCAUCUGACAAAAAAGGGUGUACCGUUUGUAUGGGAUGAGCAUUGUCAGACUGUGUUUGACACAUUGAAGAGCAAGUUGACUUCUGCACCUGUUCUAGCUACACCCCAAAGUGGGAUAGAGUAUCUUGUCUACACAUACGCUUCUUUGCAGGGUCUGGGGUGUGUUUUAAUGCAGAAGGAGCGACCAAUUUCUUAUGCAUCUCUAAUUACACCUGCUAUCAUCCAUAAAAUACUGAAGACACAAUUUAUGGAUCAGCAGUGCAUUGAUAGAGUUAAGGAGUUAGCUUAUAGUGAUAUCCCAUUUUACUCUAUUAGGGCAGAUGGAGGCUUGAGGUAA